UACUACUCGUGUCGGACGACUCUCAUUCAGGACUACAGGACAAGGGACCAGCAACACUAUCAGGACUCACUGAUGGCAGAGGUAACUGGAACAAAGCACGCUACCCUUGCCCUGGAAAGAAUGGAAUGCAGGCACAGCGCCACACCAUCGACCCUGCUCAUCCUAAAUGCUCCUCAUCUUCAUUGUCCGAACCUUGGCAGGAACUUGUCGUUCACUUUGAGAAACUCUUGACCAGAGUCGAUGGGCUCAUAUCUGCCGUGGUGACAGACCGCGAUGGCGUUGUUCUACUAAGAGCCAAUGCACCCAACAUUACGCCUCCUUUCACAGACUCUGCCCUGGGCUGCACAUUCGCACUAGCAAGCGACCAGGCGUCUAAACUUGGAUUGAAAAAGAACAAGUCGAUCGUGAGCAUCUACGAAUCAUACCAGCUGGUUCAGUUCAAUCAUGCUUCGCUUAUCACCACAUUUGUCGCGAGCAGCAACGCCAACACAGGAUUAUUGCUGGAGCUGGGUACCGAGCUGGAGAGUGUCACACAGGUCAUUGCGACGGCCCUUCACGAGAGACAUAGCGGGGCCUUGUAAAUACGGUGUAGUAGCAAACAACGAUCAGUCUGCAGCAGCAGCACGUGCCUUUUCUUAUAUAAACCAGAUCAAAACGCUGUACACCCCUUAAUUUCUUCGCGCGCGCUCGCGGCAAGUAACUUUUUCCAUGCUGCAACUGCUUUUGGCUUUCGCUGUUUCUUUACAUUCCUACACUCUUCACAACACAAUGGCGACCUUUUCAUACAGUGUCGGCAUCCCCAUCUUCUGCGUCGGAUUCACAAACGAUGACAACCUGAUUCUUGCUGGUGGUGGCGGUGCAGGACGAUCCGGCGUACAGAACAAAAUCAACAUCUACAGG